CGGGUAGAUAAUAUGUCUGACUUGAAAACAGCAGGUUUAGGUGGUCGUUAAUACCUGGGGCUCCCCGGGAUUGUUCACAACAACAGAGGAAGCCGCACCAGCUCUGACCAAAUAAAGCCCAGUCGCGAUUUUUAGAUCCUGUUUUGGAACCACAUUAACGGAAACCAACGUUAACGCGUUACUGCGCGAAGGGCUUCGUUCUUCUACUGAUAGCUAUUGUUUGUACCGAGCUAGCUUUGUCCUUCUUCGCAGUCACAGCUGUGGUGGUUUGCUGAUAUAUUUAUACAAAUCGUUGUGGAAUAUGGCUCAGCAUGGACAUCAUGUAGCCAGUUCACAAAAAGCACUAAUGCUGGAGAUGAAAAGUCUCCAAGACGAGCCGGUCGAAGGGUUCAAAAUAACUUUGGUGGACGAGUCGGACAUGUACAACUGGGAAGUAGCGAUAUUCGGACCCCCAAAUACACACUACGAGGGUGGUUAUUUUAAGGCUCGGAUCAAGUUCCCUGUCGACUACCCGUACUCUCCACCUGCUUUCCGCUUCCUCACCAAAAUGUGGCACCCCAACAUUUAUGAGAACGGGGAUGUAUGCAUCUCUAUCCUGCACCCACCAGUGGACGACCCACAGAGCGGGGAGCUGCCUUCAGAGAGGUGGAACCCCACACAGAACGUCAGGACCAUCCUGCUCAGUGUGAUCUCUCUGCUGAACGAGCCCAACACCUUCUCCCCGGCCAACGUGGACGCGUCCGUCAUGUACCGCAAGUGGAGGGACAGCAAGGGCAAGGACAGAGAAUACAUCGAGAUCAUCAGGAAGCAGGUGCUGGCUACCAAAGCUGACGCAGACCGGGACGGCGUCAAGGUUCCCGUCACGUUAGAUGAGUACUGCGUCCGCACCCAAGUCCCGCCCACAGAUGACGGCUCCAACCUCUUAUAUGAUGACUACUACGACGACGAGGAACUGGAGGAGGACGACGACGACGAGAACGAUGACGAGGACUGUUGCUAUGACGAGGACGACUCAGGCACCGAGGACUCCUGACCUUGCCUUCCCCAUGAUGUCACCCCCUCUUGUCCCUGACCAGUCCCUGCCUGCCCCCCCCACACACACACACACAUACACACUCUCUUGUCAUGGACUGAACUUUCAUUUCCUGCCCCCCAUCUUCCUGAAUCCCACCAACCCCUGAACACCUCAUCAUCUUCACUUAGCACAGGCCCCCCUGUCCACCUUCUGUCACAUGUGCAGUCAUAGUAUGCACACUAAAACCUGAUGCAUCAAAGAAAAGAAAGCUACAGAGUUGUUGUUAUUUUGUUUCAUACAUGUUUCUUUUAUUUUUUAAUUUGUUGUCUAAGUAUAGGUUAUACACAUGAUACACACACAGCAGCACAACUUACAGUAAUAGUACUGAGAACUGGUUUAAAUUUCCUCCAAAGCGUUUUAGCUCCAAGACCUAUUUCUUCCUCUGGCUUUGAGUGGAACAAAGCCUAUCUGAUGGCCAAGUUUCUUGUAGAAAAUUUGGCUGAAGAUUGGUCACGCCUUUUCUCGACAUCAUCAGCAGGGUGGAAUGUAACGUCACAGAUCAGAUCAGAGUCAAACAAGCAGAGAGCAAUUGCAAAGGAAGCUUAUUCAGGAAAACUGGCGUACACUAUGUGUGGUUUGAAAGGCUGAGUCACUUCCGCCUCUGAGCCACGUGCGUGGCUUCUGGUUAGCAAGCUGUUUGAAGCCCUGCCAUGCUUCACCUCUGACCUUUUGAGCCCCAGGGCUUAUGCUGCUCCAAACAGGGUAGUUAUCCAUUUCAAAAAACCGUUCACACUCCCUUGUGCCUUCCCUCACUCCCUGAUAUCACAGACCUGAAUGACUCGUGGGACAGAUGUAUACACAGUGGGUCAAAGCAAACCCUUACCAGCCAGACAAACAAAGGUGGCAGAGGGAGAUAUUCCAGGUGGGGAUACGGUGCAAUCAGCGCCCUUCCGAUGGAGCAAGUUUCAACUUAUUUAUAGCAGCACCUGUCAGAUUUGAUCAGGGUGUGAGUGAGAAAGGUAAAAUCCAACAGCUGAACUAAAGAAUGGAAUGUAGAUCAGAAAUCCCACAAACAUCCUCUGCUGACUGCCACGCAGCCUUCAUCACACAAGCACGUGCUACUAGUGGCCUGGAUGCAUUAAGAAACAGCAAGCUGAGCCUGCUGCUGCUCAUAAAAUCCAACGUACUGUAUUUAAAAAAACCUAUGCAGUCAGUGCUUGAACCUACUUAAUAUGCAGUGCUUUAAACGUGGCAGUAAAGCUGAACCUUUCAACAGUCUGACCUGAACUCCAGCGUGAGUUUUACGAGCCAGCUAUGUACCAGUGAGGGCUUUGGACUGACUGUGUCCUCGGUUAGAGAUGGACAUGUGUAGUUGUAAACGUCUUUGUUUGUCGGUGGUUUGUUAUUCUAACUCGUAGCACAAG